AUGCAAGUGGCUCGUGUGUUCCAAUCUGCUUGCGUUUUUGAUACGAAGGCCCAAACUUGGGAGUUUUUGCAGAUCCCUAACGAGGAGAUAUUUGGAGGUUCUGAAUACAAAAGCAUAGAAUAUGAAGGAACUGUCUAUGUGAGGUCUGAGGCAAAGGAUGUGACUUACAAGCUUCAUAAAGGCAGAUGGAGAACAGCAGACUUAGCGAUAAAUAGUGGAUGGGGUCGUCGAUCAUCAUCUUAUUGUGUCAUAGAAAACGUGUUCUACCGUUCUAAUGGUAAAACAGUCGACUGUUUAACUCGUUUUGCUCGUGUUAACUUGGUAAAUUAUGGUGGGAAAAUGGCAGUUUUGUGGGAAGAGUAUGUGGUGGCUAAGAACCAUAAAGAGAAUGAUGUGUGCGGAAAAUGCGAUUGA